AUGAGUAGCGUCAACAAGUCGGGAACGCGGUUCACGCCGAAACUGACGCAGCGCAGCAAGCCCAGACCGUUUUCCAGCACGAGUCCGUCGCCUGUUCCGAAGACGGUCAAGAAAAAGACCGAGGUUGAGAGCGAAGUCACUGAAAACAACGAACAGGGCGAGGAGACAAACGAUGAUACAGCGACUUUCCUGAAGCCGCGGCGAGCAUCUGUCGUUUCGAUUGGAGCUUUGAGACGCUCUUCGAUCACUGGAUUGAAGAAUACGGACGCGAAUCAGAAAAGAUUGUCGUCUCUGGGCCAGGGAACCUCUUCCAACAACAUGGGGAUGCGGAGUCGUCAAGGGAGCUUUGUAGGGGGCUCGUCGGAAAGACGCAAGUCGUCUGUGAGCGAGCCGGAAACACAGCCGGUAAAGAUCGGUAUUCCCGAGACGGCGAGCGAGGGUUCGCGCAAAAACUCUCUGAAGGAGACUCCUGUUCUUGUUGAUUUCAAAAAGAUCGGGCCUGCCACAAAAGCUGUCGAUGUGCGCGAGGAGAUCGAUCCGUUGGUGGAAGAGAAGAGACGCCAGGAAGUUACGCUGACCAAGGCCGAGAAGGAGAAACAGGUGAAGUUCAUUCUGGACCCGGAAACACAGGUGUUGACCAAAGUGUCCUUGGAGGAGUACCAGACGAUGGUCGAUGUUCCUAGUUCGUUGGUGAUUAACGAGAUCAAGGCUGCCAACAAGGUCAGAGGUCACGACGACGCGGAUUUGUUGGAGAACUUUGUGAUUAACGACGGAAAGGUUACGUUGGAGGAGCUAUGCAAGCCUGUGAUUCCGUUUGGCAAGACAUCCAAGAACUUUGAGCUGGCGAUCGAGGGAGACAAAAGACGACAGGCGCAGCGCGAGCUACGGUGCAAGCGGCGGAAACUGGCAAAGGAGAUGCGCGUUCCUCUGAGCCAGCUGGAGGGUGAGGAGGAAGACAAGCUGGAGAAGGAGCGACACGAAAAGGCCAAAAAGAUUUUGGAGGCAGGAGACCCCGAAAGCGCGCGCAAGAACAAGCGUCAGCCGCAGCUGCAGCUGGACGAGAACCAGCAGCUGAUUUUGGAUCCGGAAUCCACGAUUAUCGACCGCCACAGCGGACGGACCGACUCGACAAGAGAGGUGGUUGACGAGAACCCGUACCAGAACCUUAUCACUUCAGGUUCGUACUCGAAAAAGAAGUAUGUUGACAAGUGGACGGCGUCCGAGACGGCGGAGUUUUACCGGGCACUUUCGACCUGGGGUACGGAUUUCGGAUUAAUUGCACAGCUUUAUCCGUACCGCACGCGACGUCAGAUCAAGGCCAAGUUUGCGUCUGAGGAGCGGCGGAACCCGCAUUUUGUGGAGCUUGCUCUUCUGCGGAAACUGCCUGUGGACAUUGCCGAGUACGCUGCUAAAACAGGCAAGGAUUUCAAAACGCUACAGGAGUACGAGGCGGAGAUCAAGGCGUUGCAGAGCAAGCACGAGGAAGAGGUGAAGGAGAUGAAGGUGUUGAAGGAGCGUGCAAGGCUGGAGGAUCUGAACAGCAACAACGAGCCUGAACCGGCCAAGAUGAGUUCGCGGUCGCGACGCGAGAAGUUGUUGGCGUUCCGUAAGAACGAGGAGGUUGUUGGAAUUAUCGAGAAGAAGUAG